CGCCCCGCAGCCACCAGCGCCCCACCUGCAGGCAGGUGCUACCUGCGCGCUGGGCCCGCUGGUUUCCGCCGAGCCGCCCGUCCCGUCCCGCCCCGCGCGCACUGGGCAUGCCCAGAGCCCGGUCACGCGCCCGCCCGCUCUAGUCCCGCGCGGACCCUGCCCGCGUCCGCCCCGGGCCCGGCUGCCCCGCGCGCCGCCAUGGAGCACAUCGAGGGGGCGGCCGUGGGCCGCUGCGCAGCCUCGCCCUACCUGCAGCCGCUCACGCUGCACUACCGCCAGAAUGGCACCCAGAAGUCAUGGGACUUCAUGAAGACCCACGACAGUGUAACCAUUCUCAUGUUCAACUCUUCUCGGAGGAGCCUGGUGUUGGUGAAACAGUUCCGACCAGCUGUGUAUGCCGGUGAGGUGGAGCGCCUCUUCCCAGGGUCCCUGGCUGCCGUGGACCAGGACGGGCCCCAGGAGCUGCAGGUGGCACUGCCUGGCUCGGCAGGGGUGACGUAUGAGCUGUGUGCUGGCCUCGUGGACCAACCUGGGCUCUCGCUGGAGGAAGUGGCCUGCAAGGAAGCUUGGGAGGAGUGCGGCUACCAGCUGACCCCCUCUGACCUGCGCCGGGUUGCUACGUACAAUCCUAGGUGACAAGGCCCAGGUGCUGGUGUGAGGUCACCUCACAAAGGACGUGUCUGAAUGAAGAGGGAGAGGCCUGGCUGGGCACGUUCUUCUCAGCGCCUGCCUCCUUCACAAGCCGGAGGAAACUAGGCCUGGAAACCCCACAGACUAGCCGCUUCCAUCAAAGGCACAGGCUGUGGCCGCCGGCGGAAAUGGGCCAUCAGGAAGGGUCUGAGGGAGAUUAAGGGGCUGGAGGGCAGAGGAAGCAGCUGGGUGAGGUCAGUCUGUGUGGGGGCCCCGCCUGCGGGUGGGGGGCUUGGGGGGAGGGGGAUGGAAGCCCCUUUGGUUCCGCGCCUUGCCUGUGUGCUGGGCGCAUCUCCAAGGGGGACUCCCACCCAGCAGGCUUCGGCUGGCCUCAGCCAAACUCCUGGGAACCCAGGGUCUCACUUACCCCUAGACAUCCCCCCAGACACCCCCUGGUUCCUUUCCCUUCCUGGUCUGGAAUCCAUACUGGCCCCUCCGUCACCCUGCUCUCACGGUGACAGUUGCCACGGCUGCCCACUCUUGCCUUCCACUGGUGCCAGUCUGGGCCACUGCCCUCUGCCUGGUGUCUGUCCCCUCCUGGUGGCCAGCAGCCCCCUCCUGGCCACCACCCACUGAGGGAGGGGACUCCUUUAUACCCUUGUCCAGCCUAAGAACCAUGGGCCUCGUCCUGAGGGCCUCACCCCAAUCCUGCCCCCCACCUCCAUGAGCCCCAGCCCCUCGCCCAGCCUGGUAGUGAUGUCCUGCAGGUGUCAGUGGGGGGAGGUCUCACAGGCCCAGGCCACGUGGGCUUCCUGCCGGUCUGGAGCCCUGGGUGUCAGUCUGGGCCCACUGUGAGGAGAGGCCCUGGCUGAGGUCCCAGAGCGAGCCAAGGGGCAGGGCCUGAGCGAGCGUCUGUGCUGCAGACUAGCCCGUCAGAGAAGUCACGGCUUUCAGCAGCCUGUGUUUACAGCCUCACGGUGGGUGCGGGGCGGCAGUCCACUGGCUGGGGCCCUGGGUCCCCCCACCGCUCAGCGUCUCACUGCGCUGCGGUCAGGCAUCGGCUGGGCCUGAGGUCUAGCCUGGGGCUCAGGGCCACCCUCCUAGCUCAUGCAGUUGUGGCAGAAUCCAGCUCCUCGUGGCUGUGUGACUGAGGGCCCCAUUUCUGGCUGGCUGUUAGCCAGGGACCAUGGUCAGCUCCCAGAGGCCGCCCCAGGCCCUGGCCACGUGGCCCUUCCACUGCACGGUGGCUGCUUUAUCUUCAGAAUAGCAGGAUAGCAUCUGUCUCUGUCUGAUUUUUUCCAUUUCUGACCUCCAAACCUUCAAAGAAGAGCUCACCUGAUUAGGCCAGGCCCAUCCAGGAUCAUCUCCCUUUUGACGAACUUGAAGUCACCUGAUUAGGGCCCUUAACUACAUCUGCAGGAUUUCCCACCUUCAUCACCUGACCUCUCCUGAUCAUGUUGGGAACCUAAUCAUGUUGGGAAGUCAUAUCCAACACAUUACCAGAUUUCCCCCACACUCCAGGGGAGGGGAUUACCUGGGGUGGGUACACUGGGGUGGGGGUCAGAGAGGGCAGUGGGGGUGUGUCCUGAAGGGG